AUCAAAUACAGGGUUUGGGAAGUCCUUCAGAAAUUUAUAAAUAAUCAUUAUACCUUUUCUUUAAUAAGAAAUUAUGUGUAAAUUGAAUUUUUAAUUUUGUUUUAUCCAGUCUGUGACUUUGACAGAUAACCCAUGAAAUUGAGUAAACUUUACGGUACCUGGUGGCAGGUACCUACAAAUUACAACUUUGUUUUGACCCAGGUCAUGGAUGAAAAUAAUGAUUAAAAAGGAUUGUGUCAAAUUGGAAUUAUAUUUUUUAUUAAAAUAUUACUUCAUAAUAUACGUAUGAACUGGUUAUGAAAAACAUUGAUAAUCGUUCUUUUUAUUAGUGUUGUUUAUAAACCUUAAGUUAAUAAAUUGUUAAAGUUAAAACGUCUGUAGUACACAGUCUUGUUGUAUAGAUAGUAAUUAAUAUAUGUAGGUAGUGAAAUACAAUUUGUACUUCGUUUUAAUUUAUCUUGUGCUGUAAUAAAAAUUCAAAAUGAUGUGUCUAAAUAAAACUCUUAAUAAAGUAAAUACACCCAUUCUAACAUGGGGAAAUCCAUUUGAAGCGAAUGGGAAAGAAGUUAUUUUUUGUGUAACAGGAAAUCCAGGUAUUUCAGAUUUUUACAUUGAAUUUGCUGAAGAGAUGCAUAAAACUUUAAAUUUACCUGUUAUUGUUGUAGGUCAAGCUGGUCACGAGUUUUCCCUUGAUAAUGAAGCCAUUACAGAAAAAAACAAAGACUUAUACAAUUUACAAGGACAGUUGAAGCACAAAUUAGACUUAAUAGAGAACUAUGUGGACAAAAAAAGUAAAUUUCAUUUUAUUGGUCACUCCAUUGGUUCUUGGAUGAUAGUAGAAUUGUUACAUAAUAAUAAUGACAUUUUAAACAGAGUUUCCACUGUUAAUUUAUUAUUUCCAACUCUACAAAAUAUGGCGGAAACAAAAAAUGGAAGAUUUAUAAACGGUUUUGUUAAGCGGAUGCACUGUGUUAUACUAUUCCUGUGUCAGAUAUUAAGUUUAUUUCCAAAUUUUCUUAUAAAUUUCUUGUUAAACAUAUAUCUUAUGCUACAUUCACUACCUUUGUUCUAUAAUGAAAGAAUAAAAAAGGUUAUUGACCCAAGAAUAUUAGAGAAAGUAUUUUUCCUAGCAUUUGAUGAGAUGGAUAAUGUAAGAUCACUUAACAAUGAAGCCAUACAUAAGAUAACAAAAACGUGUAAUGUUAUCUAUUCCUGUUUCGAUGGUUGGGCACCUCUUGAUUAUAUGGCCGAAUUAAAAAAACAACAUCCACAUCUCAGGAUGGUCGAAGCUGCCAAUGUUGCACACAGUUUUGUAUUGAAAUCAUCACAAAUAGUAGCCGAGAUGGUGUCGAAUCAUAUAAAGGAGCAAAAAUCAUCAGCCCAAUAGGCCCUAGUAUAUCAUAAGCAAUAAAUACUAUGUUAUCGGAUAUGUGCACUUAAAUUUAUUGAAACCAUAUAAGUAUAAACAUUAUAUUACACAUUGUCAACAACAAUGGAAUACAUUAAUUUUGUGAAAAAAGCACCUUAACAUCAUUAUUUUAUCUUUAACACAUUCACAAUAAAUACAUGAAGCUGUUACAAUGUUUACAGUCCAAGAAUUUAUUUAUAUUCUAGUUGAUGAAAACACAUGUUUUAUAAGUACCUGAAAAUGGGGAAAAAAUUGGUAGAAAUGGCACUAGAAUGGGCAUGGUCUUUUUUAAACAUCUUAGAUAAUAGAAAUGAUAUCUGUUAGUGGGUUCUUUUGUCAGAAUAUUUUUUUUAUCUUUUAAAUAUAAGUUGGGCUAUUUAUGAUUAUUUAAUAAAGAUUUCCUUCUAACUA